GGAUCUGAACACCACUGAGCACUCACACUUCACCGAUCGCCUUCCUCCGCCUUCGGUGCAUCCAUUAGUUCCCUCACUCACUCUGCUCUGGCAUCAGUUGCUCUGAAAGCCUAGCGGCAGACCUUGGCUUCUCCAGGUCGAAACCUUCUAGUACCCCGAUUCAGUGAGCACACUCAACUGUUGUGUGGACAACAGUUGUUCGCUGGCUGGCAGCAAGUUCGUUGCUUGUUGUUCCAGCUGAUUGAGAGUUCCUGAGAAGGUGCUUGACAGAAUGGCAGCUUUCGAUCCGAUGGGUGCAUCAAAACUGCAAGUUUUGCUGAUGACAGUGGCUGUUGCCAUGUUUUUCUUGAGCGGCGAGGUGGAAGCUAAUUCGUACAACCUUCGACCAAAUUAUUACUCGGGCAAGUGCGGCAAAUAUGAUGUAGAAUCGAUAAUCUACAAUGAGAUUGCCAAGGCAUUUCAACAGGACAAUGGAGUCGCCCCCGGCCUUGUGAGGAUGGCCUUCCAUGAUUGUUUCGUUCGUGGCUGUGACGCCUCAUUGCUGCUUGACAUACCCAAUUCUGAGAAGACUGCAACCAUCAACCUAGGUCUUCGGGCGAGCGCUUUCAACGCAAUCGACGCUGCCAAAACCGCCGUGGAGAGUGUGUGUCCAGGGGUCGUUUCCUGUGCUGACGUUCUACAAUACGCUACUCGCGACUCUGUGCUGCUGACCAAAGGUAAAGGCUGGACUGUGUAUGGCGGUCGAAGAGACGGAACUGUGUCCAACGCUGCCGACCCCCCCAACAACCUACCAGUGCCAACGAUGACGCCAACUCAGAUGAUUCCUCUCUUCGCAGGCAAGGGAUUGAGCGCCGAUGAUUUGGUGGCUUUGUCGGGCAGUCACACCAUCGGAAUUGCUCACUGCAUUUUCGUGAACCCUCGCAUCUACGGGAACAACACCGAUCCUACGAUUCCAGCCGACUUCUUGGCGUCGUUGAAGAGUCAGUGCCCAGCGGAUUCUGUCACUACUAACCCGCCCGUUGGAGCCCCGAUCAACCUGGACCGGGUUUCACCUACCAAGUUCGACUCGCAGUAUUUCCAGAACAUUAUCGACAGGAAGGGCUUGCUCACAUCCGACCAAAGCCUGCUGGACGAUUCCAGAACCAGAGGAGCCGUGUACAAGAACAGCGGAAAUUUCUUCAAUUCGGAAUUCGGAAGGGCCAUGCAAGCCAUGGCUGGAAUCGGUGUACUCACUGGCAAUGAAGGCCAAAUCCGCACGAAUUGUCGCGCCGUUAACCCUUAGAUGGAGACUUGCACUCGACGUGGUUCAUGGAAUUUGAAUUCACCGAUGGACGCUAUAACCAUGAGUUUCUUCAGGAGGUAGUGAGUCGAGCUUAGAUGCCGAGGAUGGAGUGCUUUUGAUGUAUAAACCGCAUUCGGUGUACCACUGUUGCUGUCAAAGAGAACUGUGCGGUUUAGUAUAUGGAUCAUUGUCUGUAGAGUAAAAUGUUCGUGUAUCCUAAGCGCGGUGUGGUAGAAGAAUUACAUUUCAAUCUAAUAAACUGGGUCAUUCUUUUGUGUA